UUGGAACAUACAUUAUUACAACGAAUGAAGCAAAAACCAAAACAAAUAAAACAUAGUGAAAAAAAUGAUUUUGAAUAUUCAACUCCAAAAUCUCAAUAUUCAUCAGCUCCCUUUUCUCGCUCACCAGAUUUAUCACCUAUUCCAAAUGCUUACUUACGAGAUAGACAGACAGAAUUUAACAACUAUAGUAAUAUUGGUGUUGAUAGUGAACAAAAAACUCAUGAAAAUGACAUGUUGUAUGACAAUGUUGUGGAACUACUUAGAAACAUUCCCGGAUUUGACAAUGUCAGUGACUUUGAUAAAUCUAAGAUCGAAGAUUUAAUAAAAACACUGAAUUCUAUUAGGAACAGUGACGACGUACAUGCUGAAAAUCUAGCUAAAGAUGUAAUAAAUGAUUUUAUUGAAAGUCUCUCUAAGGAUAAAGGAACUUUGAUUCUGCCUAAAGAUCGUAAAUUACUAGAGCGAUCAUUAUUACAACAAACACUACAGCAGACAAAAAAGACGAAAGAAAAUAGCUUUGAUCUUUCAUCUUCGAAAGGAUUAGAACUUUCUGGAAUUUCACUGGACUUGUCAUCUAUCCGUAAUAUUUCUUUACAUGACGAACAAACAAAAUUAAACGAAUAUUUGAACACGCUCAAUAAUGUGCUUGAUUCUUGGAUCAAAAGCCUAGAAUUAAAGAUAGACAUACCCACACAAAAGAAUGUGGUCAAUAAUUUAGCCUCAGAAAUAUUUGAGAGGCAAAAAUAUUUGGAACUAUCCAGUAAGAAAAAAUCAGAUACUUAUGAGAUGGAACUUCUCAAGUAUCAAAUUUUUAGAAGAUUAAAUAAAUUUAAUUUGAAAAAUUUACCAGAAAUACUUACGAGAGUAAGUGAUCUCUAUAAGCAUAUUGCAGCAAUAGACAACAAUUCUUAUAAUGGAUCUAAUUUAACUAGAAGAACAAGUAACCUAGUUAAUAAUCUUAAGACAUGGCUUGAAAACAUUACUCACGAUGCUGCUAGAACAAAUAUCAAACCGUAUUCUGACGAAAUAUUUCAGGAUUUAGCAAACAAAUUAACCGAUCUUGAUUAUUCAAAUAAUUAUUUUUCUUUGAAAAAUGAAAUACUGGAAUGGCUUCCCAAAAUAUUUACAAACUUAGACAAAAGUACGAUGAAUAACUUUGCUGACUCAUUGAUAAGUCACUUAAUAAUUAAUAUAGCUAAGCAAUCUGGUACUAACACAGGAUCCAUGUAUAGAUCAAUGUUAAGGUCUACGACAUCUGGUACCUUGCCGUCUUUUAACUUAUCGGCUAGCGAUGAUAUAAAUAUUUUAGAUUUAUAUAAAGAGAGACUAGUUGAUGCUUUCAUAAAUCUACAUUAUUUUGCAGACGAUAUGGAGGCAUUGGAAAAAUUUAAAAGCAAAUUGCAUGACGAAGUUAAUAAAUUUUGUAAUGAAUAUUUAAAAAAAUAUCCUGAAGCUCCACUAAGUCCUGAAGAUUUAAGUAAAAAGCUGUAUAUUGCUUUGAGAAAUGUAACAAUACCAGAUAUUGAAAUGAUAAGACCCGAACUUGAACAAGUUCGAUUAAAAGCAGAAAUAAUUGAUUGGCUUCAAACCGUGCCAAUUGAUAAAUCCAAAAUUACGGAUCCGCAAUUAACUGAUCUGGUGUCUGGCUUAGCAAAACGACUUCACCAAAUAGAACACGAUAAACAUCUCGGACAAAACAAACAAAAGGAAAUGAAAAAUGAAAUAAUUAAAUUGUUACAAGUCUGUGGUAUUAACGAUGGCGAUAAAAUUGACCAACAUGCUGAUGUUUUAAUGGAUAAACUGAAAUCUACUGAUAAAUCCCGGAAGAUGAAUAUUUCUAAUAUUGGCAAACAUGGCGUCAAUAUCACAUCGCAAGUCCCACCGUGUGGUCUCACUUGUGAGGACAGAGCUCAUUUAGAACGAAUUAGGAAACGAUCAAAUGUUUUCAAAGACGAGAUAAACAGGGAUGUAUGUGCAAGAUGUCCUUUGAGAAAGUCCGAAAUUCAUACUGAGAUAAAUAAUAGAUUAGAAAGUACCGGUCAAACAAUUCCUUCAAUACGCGCAACAUGUGAUAAAGGCGUAUCGCCACAAGUGAUCAUUGAAGAUCACCAUUGGGAUUCCUCUAGAUCCAGUAUGAGUCAAACUAAAGGUCCUCUCUGUACAUGUGAUAAAGGAUCGGAAACGGAGCCUCAAAUGAUAAGAACACCUGAAAGAUUUGAAGACACGUAUUUGAAUAAAACUUUCCCCCAAAGAACACGAGAUAAAAUAAUAUGCAUUAAUAGCAAAUAUAAUUUAGAGGGAAUAAUUCAGUCAAGUAGACCACAGAAGCGUGGUUUGCCUGAACAUAGAUGCAGCAUGUGCAAACGUAUGUUCCCUUGUGAGGUUGUAGAGUCAGGAAGGAGAUUUUACUGCGAUGAUUGUGCACAACGAAGAUACUCGAAAUGUAGACGAAGACAUUGCAAUUUUAGGCAACAGAACUACAGACCUAGAACUGAAUCCUGUUUGAAAUAUUGCUCAAAUUGCUCUAGUGCUUGUCCUUAUCCGACUCAUUUGUUUUUUGGAAAAGACAUUUGAUAAAUCCAAUUGUACCCUGUAACUGCGAGUUGUGUUUGUAAACAUUUAUAGUCUAUUUUAAAAGUGCUUUUUCGGCAAACUUAUUUUAACAGUCUCGGAAAAUUAUGGGAACAUUAUUCAUUGAUACAACAAUUAGUCGUAAAUAUAAUUUGUAAAAAAAAUCAAGUCUCCAAAGCAAAAGUAUUGAUUUUUGUCUCCCAAACUUUCAAACUCAUUGCUCAUAUUUAUCCAUAACUGCUAUAAAAUUGUAAAAAAAGCACAUAUGUGAUGUGAAUCCAUUUGUGGUUGUUUAAGUGAUAGUAAUAAUUGUGUUAUUGUCACCGUGAUAAUUAUUAUACCUAUUAGGUUCUCAAAUGUACAAUUGUUAUAAUAUACACCUACAGUUUAUUACGGAGUAUCAUUGUAUACGGUUCAUUACAUCGUUGUUCUUCUUAGCAUAAUGUAGGUGUUUUUUAAAAUGCAGACUUUUUCAAAAUAUAAUUUGCAAAAACAUUUAAGCCCACCUAAUUGAACAAACAAUAAGACCAUUCUUUAUUGUUGUUUAAGUGAAAAUCCAAAUCUAUUUUAUAGCUUUCAAGGAAUGUAAACGAGCGAGAACGAGAAAAACAAGACCUUAAGCUCAAAGCAGCUUUUCGCAUGCUAUAGUGCAGUUUGCAUCAGGCGAGCGAAAAAUUAAUGUAGAUGCGCCUGUAAAAUAGGAUAUGCUUGGGGGUGUGCUUUUUAAUUGUAUGCAGAAUAGGUAUUGACAUGAAUGCAUGAUGGAGUACCAAAUAUAGGGGAACCUGUUGUACCUUGACCCCCGUUGUACCUAGUGCCACUUAGAUUUUUUAAAUGUUCGCACUUUUUUUUCGUUUCUUUGUCUAUAACAUAGUGCACUUUGACAAAACUGAUCAACAUGAAGUUAGUUGCAGGCGGCCAUUGCAUCGAGUUUGCAUGGGAGAUCAGUUUAACGUUUUCGUCGCAAAAAAGUAAAAUGCCUCGUAGCACAUAAAGGGAAUCCUAUUUCUAAAACUAAUUAAAGAAAAACAAUUCUCAUUAAGAGGGGCUGCCAAAAAGUUUAACUUGUCAAGAUCUACUUUAAAGAGGCAUUAUGAAGACUGCUUCAAGACUGGUAAAGGUGCGAGCGACCUUCAUGAUAAUUUAGCCGUAAAAAAGUUUUUGCAAGUGACGAACAGGUGCCAAUACCAAUGGUUAGAAAAGUAAAAAAUAAAAAGUCCAAAAAAAAAAACUAAUUCCAAGAGGAAAUAUUACUCAGUCCCUGAAAUGAAUAGAUACUCGGAGUUUAUUGAUUAAUUAAGAUAUGUUUAGUCCAUAUAAUAUAUCCAUAUAAUAGUCAUUACAAAGAGAAUAAAGACUUGUUGCUAAUGUGAUUAAAAUGUUUAAGUUAGGUGUUACGAAAAAGACUGAUUUUAUUGAUAUAUAUUCUAUUAAUUGAUAUGUCAUAGAUAUUAGAUAAGCUUAUAAAGAUAUUAAGAGACCUUUAAAUAAUAAAAAUGUGAUAUUUGUCG